AUGUUCUCCCUACCAAUCCCCCAGAUCCUCAUCAGUUUACACCACGAAGGCAACACCACCACCACCAACACCGCCACCAACAACAACAACAAAACCUCUCGAUCUUCUCUCUCGAGUAAUUUCGGCAGACGACUCGCUUCUACACUCCAAAACAUGAGCAACAACAUCUCCACAGCAGCAGACGAACUCUCAGAAGAACUCUCCGCGUUAUUAGAAGCCACCUCCCUCCCCAAAGCCUCCACGCGAGAGGAAUUAUAUUCCUUCUUCGACGAUGGCUUUGAUGAUGAUGCCGAGGAAAUUAUCCCAGGAAGUGCUGCCGCUUCUACUUCCAACACGCCGAAAAGUCCGGCUGUCGCGAUGUUUGAGACUAGUAGGCGGGGGGAAAUUCCGUUGGGGUAUUUUCCUCUUGAUGCUAUUGCUACUUCUACAUCAUCAUCAUCAUCAUCAUCAUCGCCUAAAAUUGGAGAUUUCAUGACGAGGAGUGAGGGGAGAUUUGAUUGUAAUUGGAGAAGGCAGAGUUUAGAUUGGGCGAAAGGUUCCGAGGGGAUGACGAUGAUGAUGAUGGGUAUGGUUGAUGAUGAGGGGUAUCAUUCUUCCUCGGAGAAUGCCACGGACGAGGAGGAGGGAGAUCUGGGAGAUGGUGAUGUUGAGGAUGAGGAAGAUCAGGAGGAAAGAGAGGCUAUGUUGCCUGCUAAGAGAUUUUCGUGGAGGAAUUCGAGUCCUGAGAGGUGCUCGUUGUUGUAUUGGGAGGAGUGA